AACUAGCGUCACAAUCCAUUCGUCGCAAUGCCCGGCGCGCGGGCGCCGGGCUUGCGACUGCCGAGCCUCCGGCCCCACGCAGGGCACGCGGGGCGGUGCGGAGGCUUUGGCGCGGCGCGGCCGGCUGCCAGCUGCCCUGAGGCCAAGACGCCCUGGCUGCAGCGGCUGCCGCUUCUUUGCGGCCCCUUCUGGCGCGCCACGAGCUUCGGCAGACAGGAGCUUGGCGAGAAUGCUACGAAGGUCCGUUGCUUGGGCGCCGAGGAGCAGGCGGACCUCGCCGCACAGCUCCGUAUCGAGACCGGCCGCAAGGAGCUCCUGGGGCAGCUCUCCAAGGGCCUCGAGGACAACCGGCGCGAGGCAUUGGCAGACGGAUUUGCAGCGCAGGGCCUGCUGGAACAACAGAAGGCCCAAGCCAAGGCAGAGCUUCUGGCAAAGCACCGGGAGCUGAAGUUCAAGAUCUCUGCGAAGGAGUUCCUGCAGUUGAAAGAGGUCUGGCAGAGAUUUAUCCAGGCGGAGCAGGACGUGGAGCGUCACCACGACGAGAAGGCCGACUCCCAGCGCAGUGCCUCCACUUGGACGGCCGUGCAGCUGGCGGGCUACGUGCCCUGCUUCCACCUGCGGCCCUGGCAACCCUCUGCUGGAUGGGAAAGGCGGGUAGUGCCCAUGGAGGACUUGCGGGAGUUCCUGCAGGAGCCCGCGGAGGUAGAUGCGGAGCCAAGCCUCUUGGGCAGUCGGCUGGGGGAGGACUGGCAGGAGAAGUAUUUACAGAACCUGGGCAGCAUCCUGCAGGUCAUGGGCUGCCAAGUCUCACACACGUCGCAGGAGGAAGAUUGGGCCGUCGGAAAGGAGGUCCAAGACAAGGAAGUGCAGCAGCUCUUGGCGAGUUCUGGCCAAGAGCGAAGGGAGAAGCUGAUGGAGCUAUUCUCGCAAGGUGCUACCCAUCACCUGGUAUUUCCAGCUCUCGGCAAGGCAGAGCGGCACCAGCUGCAUGUGUGCGCUGGGCAGCUGAAAAAGGUGGGGUGGACGGUCCAGACCCACACGGACCGCGGCAAAGAUGGAGAACGCCUGCACAUGUGGGUGCAGAAGGACUCAGCAAAGGACGGCAGCCCUGGAGUCACAGGCAGCCGGGAGGAGGUCUUUGGGCGGCUCAGAGGGUUGGACGAGCUGCCCAACGGCAAGGAGGCGGCGGUGCGGACGGUGGUGGACGCCUUGAUCUUCCCGCUCUGUGCAGAGCUGAAGACCCAGGUGAGCAUGGAGGAGGGCUUCAAGAGCGAGCCCUUCCCCACCAGCGUCUGUGACUACACCUUCCGCUCCGACCAGAAGGUCCUCGGGGCCCUGGAGGCGAAGCGAUGUCUGCCCAACUGGGCUGCCACGCUGUCGCAGGGGGCCGCACAGUGCCUGUGGCAGCUGGCCUCGAUGCGCGCCACCCAGGAGUGCGCAGAUCCAUGCGUGGGCCUGGUGACCAAUGGGAGGCGCUGGGUGUGUUUAGAGCUGCACGGGCGGCACCUCAGCAUCUCGAAGACGCUGGACAUCUCCAAGGAGGCCAAUUUCUGGGUCCUGUUGGACACCCUCACUCGGCAUCUCGAAGCACGGUGAAGCAAAAUUUGUCUUCGAUCGAUUUUCCUUGCAAGACGGAUGUGGGUUCGAAACCCCUGGAUGGGUUGGGAUUAGGGAUGGC